AUGGAUAUCCAAGCCGAAGGACCAACUGCUAACAGUACAGUUCAGAAACUAAUCAAAUAUGCUCCCUGGAAGGCAUCUAUGGAGUUUCAAAUGCCAAUUAGGACAAUCGUAUUUGCGGCACUAUUUGCUUCGUUAUCGCCAACAAUUCGAGCCAUGGCUCGCAGAAUGUUACGACUUUCGCGUAGUUUUUUGCGAAGGAUAAAGAAACACGGCCGUAAGGAUGGGCACGAUGACGAGCGACGAAUGCAUUUUCAUAAUCUUCAAAUUUCGUGGAAAUCUGGGCCUAACGAACGUCGAAACAUGGUUCACCUAUAA